AUGGCACACCAGGAACAUUGGAAUCAUGGCAGCAGCUACUACACUCCACGUUCAAUAGCCCCUCAUCCUGGCUAUUUUCCGACCUUCGCGCCUCAUGACUAUCCUGAGGGAGACACUUAUGCCAUCUCCAGCCAUUCGACCAGCGCGAGAGGUCGAAGUGGUAGUGGGACGAGUACCGCCAGCGUGGGCUACACUCUGGUCAGCCCAGCAACAGCGCCUACUUCGCCUCUCCACCUCCUGAGCGGAGCCGCAAGACAUUGUCAAGCUACUCACGGUGACCAGGUCACUCGAACAGAAGGAUCAACACCAGCUUCUCCUAAACGAUCAUACUCUGUGCAGCUUAAACAGGAGCCCUUGUCUGUCGAAGGGACCAAAGCAAAGUGCCUCGCCAACUUCCAGACCAUUGUCGACGAUCGGAUGUUCUGUCGACAUCGAGACUGCCUAGACGAAGACGGGCAGCCCAAAAAAUUCUUCAGCCGCAAAGCCGAUGUAACAAGGCACUACAAAUCCCGCCACGACGUUACAUACAUUGAUUGUCCCAAGAGAAACUGUGAGAGGAAAGGCAGGCAAGGCUUCACCAGGCGAGACCAUCUUACUGAGCACCUCCGAGGCUUCCACAUGGAACUCAUUGCGAAGAGACACAACAAAGUCAAAAAGAAGGAGCCAGAUUCAAACGAAGACAGCAACGAGUCAAACAGCUCGGCAGAAGAUCUUGGGUCCACAGAUUCUACCGUCGAGCUGCUGCCUGCCGUCUGUUCUCGAAGGCCGAGCCUCGGAAGUCAGGGUGAUCAGAACUUCAAGCAAGAAUUCCAAGUCUCAUCAGACGAAGAGGCUGAAGACAGCUUCCCGGUGGACGAUGUCUAUCAACCGUCGACGAGCCAGCGUCCCCGGACCGCCCUCCACAAUCUCGCCAACAAAACGAAAGGGCGGCGAGGCCAUCCAUAUCAGCGCAGACCAAGCAAAACCCAGCAGCCUCAAGGUGCUUCAUCCGAAGCCAACAUGGCACACCACGCCUCUCUCUCGCCGGAGUUUGUGUCUUCCAAGAUGACGCUCCAUUCUCCAGUGUAUGCGACCCACCAUGGCAUGAGCGGGCCGUACACAGCCAGUCACAUCAUGUCGCCGAUGUACACUACACAUCAUGACAUGGAUUCUUUCUACGCCUCAUCCAUAGCUCAAACUUACCACGGCCCGCCGGCACCACAUGGACCGUCAUAUCGUGUGACGCAUCCUGACGACUUCGGAUACUAA